AUGCAGGAUGUGCCUAGAGGUGCUGAUGAUUGGAAAGAUGAGGUUGUGGAAGUCAUACAGAAAGCUGAUUCACUUGGGCUGAAUCUGCCAGACAACAAGCUGAAGGCCAUAGCUGAAUUCAUUUGUGGAUUGCCUCAGAUUACACUCACGGCUAUAACACCCAGGAUUGUUAAGCAUGGCUUCUACCAAAAUGGCACUCUGGCUGAGCAUAACAGUGAAUCCAAAUAUGCAUUUCCCAACCUUGACCGAAUGAUUUCUACUUGCAGAACAACAAUUCCCACAACCCUUAGGCAGAAAUGCUGGGAUGACUAUCCUAGGUUGGCUGCUGAGUGUAUGACUCAUGGGAUGGUCCCUGAGUCAGUUUUUGACGAGCUAGGGUAUGACAUGGAUAAAAACCCAGAUGGAAUAGAAGUGCCCAAGCAUCAGGGGAUUUCUCAGGAGCACAGACAGAGAGCCAAAUGCCUCACACAUGAAGCUCAGGUUGAGCUGAGGCAAGCCAAAAUGAUAGCAGUGGAGGCUGCUUUGACAAGAAAGUUUAGUGAAUGCCUCACAAAGCACAAAACUUUGAGUGAUCUUAACAAAGAGUGUGAAGCCAAACUACAGGAGCUUGUUAAUGAUCCACAAGGUCUUUUGGGUCCUGUUGAGCCCACUUUGCAAAACUUUGGAAGCAUUACUGCCCCAAGGCUGAAAGCCUUCAUUCAUGUGAGAACCUUCCCUACUUAUACUACUGAUAAAGGACCCAAAGACUGGACUGGGUGGCCUAAGAAGUCAUCGGCGGCUGAAGCUGCCAAUGGAGAUCGAUGUUUGGUGAGACUUGCUUAUGACUGCAGAGACAAACCUUGUAUUAUGCAGAAGCCAGUCAAACCAGUAAAGGCAAUGCCACAGCAGCUCAGGCAUCUAUCAGCUACAAUUAUCAGAUCCAGCACAUUGACAUUUCAUUCUGAUGCGUAUCCACUGGCUUCUUCUCUUUUGGCAGAUGAUACUUGGAGAGUCAAACUCAUUGCUGCCUACCGGCUUGAUAGUGAGACUACAGUUACUAUUACAGAGAGCAACCUUGGGAGGGCUGACUACCUUCAAAAGAGGCUCAUCAAACGGCUGGAAGUUCAUGUGACAACCAAGUUGGAAAAGUCAGAGCACAAAGAGAAUUGGUGUUGGAAUCUAACUGCCAGUAAGUUGGGACAUGUGUCGGCAAUAUUGAUACUCUUUGGGUAUGUCAAGGAUGACCUGGAAUGUUUGGAUGAAACAGCAUGUUUCCUACUUGACAAUCCUGCUCUAUUCCGUUUGGUCACAGAAGAGUUUGAGGAGGAUGGUGUAUACAUGUACUGGGAUACCAACAAUAUGCAGUGGAUUAGGGUCGGCAUGGUAGCUCUUCGCAGAUUUUGGCUGCGAUUUAUUGAGCACAGCAAAAUGGCGCAACUCAAAAGUGGAGAAUCAGGAGCAUUCUAUAAUGCCUAUCCCUCCAAAUAUGCCAAGAAGACUGUUGACCCUGCUCUACGACGAGGUUACCAUGAGAAUCUAAGGCAAUACAUCGCAUUGGGCUAUCCACUAGCCAAAGAUGUGAAGGAUCUUGUAGAUGUGUUUGGUCUCAAGGCAGCAGACAAUCGGUGGAUCAAAUCAAUGCGCUAUAGGACAAAGAAUGGACAAGCUAUUCAGCUGGCUGAUCAGCAACGCCGUGCGCUGCAUUACCUUAUGGAAUGUGGGUUGAAGCUUUGUCUUGCUCCUGCUUGUGACAUUUCUGUAAAUGCUGGCUGGGAACAAGCAACUGGAUGCUAUGGCAAGGAUUAGCUAUCUAGAUAGCUUUUAAUGUUACUAGUUGUAGUAUUGACAGUG